UAUUAGUAUAGGCUAUCAUACAACCAGUAGUCUUUAUAUAACUGAACCGUUUUGCAUAACAAGUCUUCAUACCUUUUCCAUCCAUUAGAAACAUUUUUCUGUGGCCUGGUAACUGGCAUUCGGUUUUGAUAUUUCAUUUUAUUUGCAAAAAAAAAGAGUUUUAUUUAAAAAAUGGUUAAAACGAUUCCUUUUUCCUGUAUUCUCACUUUCGUUGUACUUCUAACGUAUGCGGAUGGAAAUGUUGCCUCUCUCCCGUGUGGAGGGAAGAUUUUUGUCGAAGAUUCGGUGGUCAUUGACAUCCCAUCUCUGCAUGGCGACGAAUGCGUAUGGGACAUCCAGACGCAAGACGAUCGCAUAUUGGCCUUCACUUUGAUCAAUGAACGUUUCGAAGAUGUUCAAGAUUACCUGACAGUACAUGACGGAGUUGGGAAGGACUCCCCUAUCCUUCAAAUAGAAAACCAAAUGAAGUACGAGGCAUCCAAUAAAGACUUGCCUCCUGCCAUGUAUACUACAUCUUCCGUGGCUACAUUACGUUCUCGGGGAACUAGAGCAUCGGUUUUGCAGCUAAAAAUUCAAAAGGCGGUUCUAUGUCCAUUUAAUUUGGGACCAAAUACCGCAUGUGGUCGAAUUGUAGACGAAAUUUCUUGCUACUGCAUCAAUUUUGCACUGCGAAACUGGGAAGACCAAAUGUUUUUUUGCUACCAGAACGGCAUGAAACUUGUCUCUCUGGAGUCUUACGACGAAGAACAAGCAAUUACCUCCGCUUGGGAUGUGGUGCAGUGGUCGUCUCUUAGUGAUUUAAAACAAGAGGGAAACUGGGUCUGGGAAACUACUGGAGCACCCCUAAUACCAGGUUACCAGAAUUGGUAUGACAACGAACCAGCAAAUCAUGACGGAGAGGACUGCGUGACUUUCCCGUGGCCGCUAUCGGCAUCGCAAAGGGGAUGGAACGAUGAUUAUUGUAACGAGUUAAGGCCUGGUGCAUGUGAACUUCACCCCUAAAAUAAUUUAGCAACAAAAUUCAGAAGAUUGUAAAUUUUGGCAAGCUAUUUGUUUUGCUGUAUCAAGAAAAACAAUUCCUUUCGACCUUUUGUAGCCUGAACUUAGUUUUAUGUAAGGGGAUUUUUUCAUCACAGCUCUAUUUGCGUUAUUACAAAGAGACAAAAAUACAAUGUAGGCUAUA